AUGGAUCGACAGUUUAUCCGAUCGUUGGCGGAGCAGCAGCAGCAGCAGCACCGUACGGAAGAUCACCAACUUGACAAGGGUGUGCUGGAUGCUGACACAGUACAUCGGCCACCGUGCCAUACAACAGAGUUGGCAGUGGAAGAAAGCACAGAUGCGGUUACCGCUGCGGACAGCUCCAGCUCGGCUCGUGGUACCGCUAACGUUCGAUCCCGUGUACGGUACUGGCUGAACGAUAUCGUCGAUGAAAUGCGAAAGAAAAGUCCCGCCUCGGUACAGAAAUGGGUCGAUUCGAUACAAAUACCAACAGCUGGAAGUUCCGGAGGAUCGGCAGAUGUCGAUACCGUUGCCCCUACCAACACCCAGGAGGAUGAAGGUCCGCCGACGGCAUGCGAAUCAAACUUUUCUCGGUCGAAACAGUUAGCGGCUGCCGAUGGAUCGCAACAACCGGAUGGAUUAGAUCCUGAGCACGAUUGGGAGGGGACAGUAGAACCGCACGAAACGGAAAUGGAGCCGGAUGAUGAUCAGCAGCAGCUUGCCUUUUCUUACGAUACUCUAGACCGUUCCGAUCGACAGGAAUGUGUACUUAUCGAAGCUAACCUUAAAAAGAACGUUCCAUCGGAACCGGUAGAAAGCUCUUCUCUUGCCACCAGCACACCGAAAUCAAUCAAAUCCGACGAAGCUACAAAACAGUCGCCCGUAACGGAAGCAACACCCGGAUUGUCUAUUCGGAACUUUUUGUCAAAAAAAUCGCUCCUCGGCAAAUUUAGUCGAUCGGGGUCGAAUCUCGUCGAACAGAGUCCUACAAUGAGCGUGGCGGAGGGUGCGCUUUCUGCGGAAAAUCCGGACACGGGAAAGAAUACGGAGGAAGGAAUCUCGUCAGCGUCCUCACGCUUCGUGGCCGGUAAAAGCAAAUUAAACGAAUUUUACGACAAGCUCAACAUGAACAAAGCCAAGUAUGGAUUAAUUAAGGCAAAAAAGCUCGACAUUCGCCAAAUGCUCAGCGGCGGAAGUGGCAAUUGUGAUAGUACCGAUGGACGAAACAUGCACGAACCACCACCGCAGUCUUUACAUAUACAGCCAGCCGCAGAUGAUGGAGAGGACAGGGAGCUGGCAAGCGAGUCGGAACAUGAACGAUCCGUGUCACCGGUUCACCUGCACGAACCGUUGGAAGUGAGCGUGGUCGAUGUGGAUCCAUCCGAUGCGUACGAGUUUUCUUUCGACGAAUCGUUCCCCAAAUCAGACGAACUUAUCCCGGGCAUGAUCAGUGAGGAAGAUGAGGAAGAAAAGGAAAACAUACUCGAUGGCGGUGCGUCAGUGAUGGUGGGCCACGCGUACGAUGCGUACCUUAAUCCACCGAAACCCAAAACGCACCGUAUGGGUAUCGGACGUAUUGGGCGCAGUUCGAGUGAAAAUCCGCGGGCCACCGCACGGCGCUACAAUCUGAUGGAAAUCGGACGAAGCUUUAGCGAGAUGAACGAUGAUGAUGAUUCGUUUGCGAUCAGCGAGUGCAAUAAUAGCUGUCCGAACCCUUCGUCGCUUAAUACGAGCUCAAGCAUCAACAAUGGCAGCAUCAACAAUCUUACCCGCUCCGUACCGGUUAGUCCAAUACCGCGUACAUCCAGCAAGCUUAGCAUACAGCAGGAUCCACAGCAGCACCAGUUACAGCAGCAGCAGCAGCAACCGUCUCAAAGGCGUCGUAGUACGAUGCUGGUAAAGGAUAGUUCACUGCAAUCCGAUUCCAGUCGUUGCUCGAGUGUGGAAAGUUUGCUGAAUGCGCGCAAACCGGACCCGGAAAAGAUACUGCUCAAUCUGGGCUUUGGACCGGCACCGCACAGUACGGAUGUGUUGGCAAAGAUACCGAAACGGUUCCUUAAACCAUCCCAAGUGCGUGGAGUCGAUACGGAAGCUUUCCUCCGACAGCAGCAACUGUCGAUGCACAUCCAUGAGAAUAGUGUUCUCGGUUAUCGGGGACUAGUAGGUAAUCCGCACAUUCCGCCCUCGAUGAUUGUGGCCAAAAUUAUGGAACGGUUUCAGGAGAAUGACACUAAGACCCGGCUAACGGCCGCCGGUGUUCCGCUGCUACAGUCAUCCGACAGCCGCAAUUCGUCCGGUCCACCGUCACCAAUUCCGAUGACACGGCAUGCCUCUCUAGCGACGUCCGACGGUCGUCUCAAAUACUAG